AUGGAAGUUCGCCGGCGACACAACCGCUCCUCUCAAGCCGGUGAAUCCCUCAAACAACCCGACCCUAAUCCAAACCACGACACCCACUCCCACAUCACCAACGCCCUCUUCUAUCUCUUCUUCUCCGUCGCCUACUUCCUCCUCCACCGAUGGCGGGAGAAGAUCCGCACCUCCACCCCUCUCCACAUCGUCACGCUCUCCGAGAUGGCCGCUAUCCUCUCCCUCAUCGCCUCCUUCGUCUACCUAAUGGCCUUCUUUGGCAUUACCUUCAUCCUCCACCCCUUCCUUAACUCCCGCACCUCCCCCGACGACGACCUCGACCUCCACAUUACCAAACCCCCCGCCCCACCUCUCUCCCCGCCGCUUCCGCUCCCUCACGACGAUCGUGACCUCGUCCUCGCCGUCGUCUCCGGCUCCGUCCCCUCCUACUCCCUCGAGUCCCGCCUCGGAGACUGCCGUCGCGCCGCCGAGAUCCGCCGCGAGGCGGUCGAGAGCCUCACCGGGAGGUCCCUCCGUGGCCUCCCUGUCGAAGGCUUCGAUUACGACUCCAUUCUGGGGCAGUGCUGCGAGAUGCCGAUUGGGUUCGUUCAGAUCCCCGUCGGCGUCGCCGGACCGCUUCUUCUCGACGGGAACGAGUACACCAUCCCCAUGGCCACCACCGAGGGGUGCUUGGUCGCCAGCACCAACAGAGGCUGCAAGGCCAUUCACCUCUCCGGCGGAGCUUCCUCCAUGCUCCUCCGUGACGCCAUGACCAGAGCCCCCGUGGUUCGGUUCGCCUCCGCCAAACGCGCCUCUCAGCUCAAGUUCUUCCUCGAAGAUCCUCUCAAUUUCGAAUCCCUCGCCGUCGUUUUCAACAAGUCAAGCAGGUUUGCGAGAUUGCAAGACAUAAAAGCAACAAUGGCAGGGAAGAAUCUGUAUAUUAGAUUCAGUUGCACUACAGGGGAUGCCAUGGGGAUGAACAUGGUUUCGAAAGGAGUUCAGAACGUGCUUAAUUAUCUUCAGAGCGACUUCCCUGACAUGGAUGUUCUUGGGAUAUCAGGGAAUUUCUGUUCGGAUAAGAAAGCUGCGGCGGUGAACUGGAUCGAGGGGCGAGGGAAGUCGGUGGUGUGCGAGGCUGUUAUUAAGGAGGAGGUGGUUAAGAAAGUGUUGAAGACCAGCGUUGAGGCUUUGGUGGAGCUUAAUAUGUUGAAGAACCUUACUGGGUCGGCCAUGGCGGGUGCUCUCGGUGGCUUCAAUGCCCAUGCUAGUAACAUCGUUUCUGCACUUUACUUGGCCACUGGACAGGAUCCUGCUCAGAAUGUCGAGAGUUCUCACUGCAUAACCAUGAUGGAAGCUGUCAACGACGCCAAGGACCUUCACAUCUCUGUCACCAUGCCUUCCAUUGAGGUGGGUACAGUUGGAGGAGGCACACAACUGGCAUCACAAUCAGCAUGUCUUAAUCUACUGGGGGUUAAGGGUGCGAGCAAAGAGUCACCUGGUGCAAAUUCUAGGUUACUAGCAGCCAUAGUAGCUGGUUCGGUCCUGGCUGGUGAACUCUCACUCAUGUCUGCAAUUUCAGCCGGUCACCUUGUGAAUAGCCAUAUGAAAUACAACAGGUCUUGCAAGGAUAUCUCCAAAGUUGUUUCUUAAUUUACCUCCCACCAUCAUCAUCACAUUGCAAAUACUAAAAGCUAGCCAAGCUUGCAAUUGUAUAAUUAAUAUGUUGUAGCUUCAGAAGAACAAUUAAUUGGUGUUGGUUGGGAAAUUACGUGCAAGUAGACUUCAUUAAUGUCUCGUAGGAGUGUUUUAGCUGUUUUGUUCUCAAUUGAACACAACAUCAAUAAGACUUAGUUCACUUACUCUUUUCU